AUGGUUAAUAAGAAUAACAUCUUAAAAAUAUAUGGAAUGUCUCAAGAUCCAAUUACAAAAGAAUAUAUUAUUGUUCUUUAUUAUGCAGAAGGUGGAAAUUUUAAUAAUUGGAUAAGUGUAAAUGAAAAUUUUAAAUGUUUUAGUUGGAAAAAGAAGUUAAGAACAUUAUUUGAUAUUGCAUGUGGUCUUAAAGAUAUUCAUGAAAAGCAGAUGGUUCAUCAUGGGUUUCAUACAGGAAAUAUAUUAUUUAGUAAUAUUUCUAUGGAAAAUAUUAAUAAAAUAUUUAUUUCGGAUAUGGGAUUAUGUGGAAAAGUUAAUGAUGUAAAUAAAUCUAAUGUUUAUGGAGUUAUGCCUUAUGUAGCCCCUGAAGUAUUAAAAGGAAGACCUUAUACUCAAGUAGCAGAUAUCUAUAGUUUUGGUAUGAUUAUGUAUUUUGUGGCAACUGGUAGACAACCUUUUGAUAAUUGUUCACAUAAUUUCAAUUUGGCAUUAGAUAUAUGUAAAGGAAUUAGACCUAAAUUAAAUGAACCAGAAGCACCAAAAAUUAUUAAGAAUUAUUUUUAG